AUGCAGUACAAGACUCUUGUUACCCUUCUUUUCGCUAGUGCGGCCAUUGCUGCCCCUAAGCCCCAAGCUACUGAAAUUGACACCGACGAGGUCCCCUCCUCUAUCGAAUCGGUUCUAAUGACUGCCAUUCCCACAACCUGGCUCGACGAGUUUUACACCAACUCGGCAUUCCAACAAUCCGAACUCAGCGCGAUGCAGGACGGUAAUUACCCUGCCUGGGUGAGCAGUCUCCCCUCCGCUGUCGAGACAUACUUCACUUCCGCGAUCCAGGUGGAGAUCUCCGAAUAUAACAGUGAGAAUUCUGCCGCGUCGGCCACCGAUGACUACACCAUCUACGGCACCGUCUCACCCAUCACUUCCGGUUCUUCUACUCCUCUCAGCACAAUAACCAGCACUGGCACAAGCACAAGCUCCACUGGAUCUUCUACUGGAUCCUCCACUGGAUCUUCUACUGAAUCUUCUACCGGAUCUUCUUCCGAUACCACUACCGGUGCUUCUUCAGCGGCGGUCAGUACUUCUACCGGGACCAGUACCUCUACUGCUGGUGCUCCCGCUGCUACUGCCGGUCUUGCCAUGAGCCUUGCAGGCGCUGCAGGUAUUCUUGGUAUCGCUCUUGCCCUGUGA